GUAGAAUGUACACGUGAUAAGCGUCUCCAGAUCCAAACAGCCCUCCUUUUCAAGAUACCAUGGGCCCAAAUAAAGGAGAUACUUGACGUUUCAGAUAGCCAGAUUACUCACGCGAAAACCCAUCGUCUUACACCCCAGAAAACAAAGGCAGGGAGACAUGCUAAGCUCCAUAUACCUGAAAAGACUACACUUAAGGAGUGGUUACUUUCCUCUCCUUCUCACCGUCACGUGGCAUAUCACAAGAUCCCACACUUCCUUCCACAGCUUUACGCCAGUGAGAAAGCUAUUCGUACAGCUAUAGACGGUAUUAAUUAUUGUCGCCGUGUAUCACGAAAGAAGGGGUUCUCAGAUGACCCUGGAGUCUGUCAGGAGAGGCUAGAUUUAGCAGAGGAUGGGAGUACCUGGCCACGCUCACGUGUACAGCAGGUCUGCUUUACAGACGAGGUA